AUGGCACAGCUAGCUACCUUCAAGCCCCCAACGGUUCAGAAUGAGCCAAACAAACACUACGCCAAAGGCUCUCCGGACAGAGAGCAGCUUGCCAGCGCUCUGGAGGCUUUCAAGAAGAAAGCUCCUCUUGAGGUUCCUGUCAUGAUAGGAGGGAAAGCCAUCACCACCUCUCAGACACAGACGCAGCAGAACCCAUCUGACCACGCCGUCAGCGUUGCCAAAUACCACACUGCUACCGAUGAAGAUAUCAAAGCGGCUAUCGACAAUGCUCUGGAGGCCAAGAAGAAGUGGGAGGCCAUGCCUUUCUCGGACAGAGCUUCUAUCUUCCUGAAGGCUGCUGACCUAGUCGGCACCAAGUACCGAUAUGAGAUGAUGGCUACUACCAUGCUGGGCCAGGGCAAGAACGCCUGGCAGGCAGAGAUUGAUGCUGCUGCUGAGCUGUGUGACUUUUUACGGUUCAACGUUCACUAUGCAUCCGAACUCUAUGCUCAACAGCCAGUCCAUAACGCCCCCGGAGUCUGGAACCGCGUGGAAUACCGGCCUCUCGAAGGCUUUGUCUACGCUAUUUCCCCAUUCAACUUCAGUGCUAUCGGAGGCAACCUUCCUGCCGCCCCAGCCCUCAUGGGCAACGUUGUGCUAUGGAAGCCAUCCCCCUUCGCCAUUGCAUCCAACUACCUCAUCUACAACAUCCUCGCUGAAGCUGGCCUCCCUGCAGGCGUCAUCCAAUUCGUCCCCGGCGAUGCAGAGAGAAUCACCAGCCUGGUCCUAGAGAACAAGCACUUCUCCUCCCUACACUUCACCGGCAGCACAGCCGUCUUCCGCUCUCUCUACGGCAAAAUCGCCCAGGGCGUAGCAGACGGUAAAUACCGCAGCUAUCCUCGCAUCGUAGGUGAGACAGGAGGAAAGAACUUCCACCUUCUUCACCCCAGCGCAGACACGGAUAACGCUGCUAUCCACACUGUUCGCGGAGCAUUUGAAUUCCAGGGCCAAAAGUGCAGUGCCUGUUCACGAGCUUAUGUCCCACAAUCAAAAUGGGAUGCAUUCCGAACCAAGCUCGUUGAAGAGACUGAGAAACUAAAGAUCGGACCCCCCGAGGACUUCACCAACUUCAUCGGUCCCGUUAUUCACGAAGCUUCAUUCAAGAAGCUGGCUAAGGUCAUUGAUGAUGCCAAGAAUGAUAAGGAGCUCACCCUUCUUGCUGGAGGCAAAUAUGACUGCUCGAAGGGAUACUUCAUUCAUCCUACCAUUUACUCCACAACAAACCCAGAACAUCCCCUUCUCAACACCGAGCUCUUCGGACCAGUGCUGGUUAUCCUAGUGUACCCAGAUGAAGCAGCUGAUGCAUUUGAGAAGAUCUGUGAAACCAUUGAUAACACCGGUGCGUAUGGCUUGACUGGUGCUGUGUUCUCGCAGGACCGUCAGGCUGUCACUUACGCUGAGAAUGCACUCAGAGGCACUGCUGGAAACUUCUACAUCAACUGCAAGUGUACUGGUGCUGUUGUUGGGCAACAACCGUUUGGAGGUGCAAGAGCGUCUGGAACGAAUGAUAAGGCUGGCAGCGCGGCUUUGAUGGGCAGGUUUGUGAGUAUGAGGUCUAUCAAGGAGGAGUUCGUUCCGGUGGAGAGCGUACUGUAUCCUAGUAACGAGUAG